AUGCCACUGGUAGCCAGAGCAUCGCCGAAGUCAAGUCGGGGAGAGGAGCUGGUCAAUCUUGCCAUCGCCUUUAUAGUGAUUCAGACUAUCGUCUUGAUACUUUUCUACAUAUCCAGAUAUGCCAAAGUCAAGCAUAUAUCAGGAGUGGAGAUGAAGUACUUCAUGCCUCUGGGGUACAUGUUUUGUAUUGGCAAUGCCGUAUGCGCGAUUCUCAUGGUGAGACUAGGUGGUAUGGGUCGGCAUGUCCUAACACUGAAUGCUGAGGAAAUCUUGAUGCUGGGCAAGGUGUUCAAAGCCGAAGAAAUGAUCUACCUAGCCUCAGUCAUGUUCCCUAAGCUUGCCGCUCUGUCUCUCUACAUUCGACUCUUCAUGAACCCGGUCCGACGGCUGUCAUACAUUGUUGGCGCGUUCGUGGUGUGCAGCUUCCUGGCUGGCUGGUUGACCUGGGCCUUUUCUUGCCGACCGUUUGCGUUCAACUGGAACAAGACAAUUCCGGGAGGGCAUUGCAUCAACACAAAUAUGUCUUACACCUACUUUAGCAUUCCAAAUCUCCUCUCAGAUCUGGCCCUCAUCUUGUUACCACUGCACCCACUCUGGAAGCUGAACGUUGCUCGAAGUCAGAGGAUUGGCUUGCUGGUCACGUUUGUACUUGGUGGUUUUGGAAUUGUGACCGCCAUCAUUCGCUUCGUUUCGUUCAUAACAACCGAUAUCCGCUCCGAUCCAUCGUUCCAUGGCGCUACGACAAUGCGGUGGGGCAUCAUUGAGCCUGCCAUGUACCAGAUGGCUGCUACACUCCCUACUCUGCGCCCUCUUCUCACCAGCUCUAUGUCGGUCUUGAGUCGUCUUUCAAGCAAAUCCAAGCUAGAAAGUUCCAACGGCGGAACUGACGCGGGCGCGGAGAUUGCUUCUGGCGAUCGGAACCACUUCGUAAAGCUGGACGACUAUCAUUACCUUCAAGAUUCCAGGACCUCAAAAGGAUUGGGCAAGAAAUAUUCGGGUGUCUUGAAGACAACGAACGUUUCUGUGACGAGUCAUACUACUCUUUCUGCCGAUGAGUAUGUAAUGGGGCCUGCCAGACCGUAGUCCUUGAGUGUCAAAUGAAUUUGAUAGUUUACCCCUUACUGGCCUCCACCAAGUGCAAGCGUGAAGUGCAAGUGUGAGAUUCUAUGAGACCGUUCCAGACAAGAAGACGAGCUAUAACAUCAUCAUACUAUGUUCAAAGAGUUGCAGAGCGGCGCAAUACGAUACGUUGCUGGCACUUCAGCGUGCUCAUAAGGGUCUUCGACAAUGGCUAUGGCAAAGACGAUAAAUCCGAAAUGUUCAGAUCUCAUACAGUGUGAUUUUACCCAUACUCACGCAAAUGAUAUGAACUACCUCUAAGCGCGAACAACAUAUUGCCUUUCACGAUGGUGUGUUCCUCGCAGUAGUUCAACAAUCGAACCACGAUCAUCUCCGCGGAUUUUGCCUGAAAUGGGAAAUCAAGAUCGUGCCAGCGGAACAUCUAGCCGCAAGCCACCUCCCCUU